AUGGCAUCCCCCUGCGCUGCCUCGUCCAGGCUAGCGCUGCCGACAGUAUUCCGCAGCCUAUUUCGCUCUGAGACUCCUCGCAGUGCGCGCAUUCCGCAAGCGCUCUGCCAAGCCAGACUGUUCAGCUCGACUAUUCCAUCCCGUCAGAUACAGGAACAACUGCAAAAUGCAACCACUGAACCUCAAAAAACCUCUUCCUCUAAGCCCCCACAGGCCUCCAAAUCUAUCAAUACCCCACGUUUAGCCUCCGAAUUUCAAGGACCAUCUACGGACUCGGCGAAAUCGUCCAAGAAAAACCACGAUUCAAAGCAGAAGAAUAAGGACCGCAAGGAUCGCAAGGAUCGCAAGCCCUUCAAAAACUCCGACAAGGACAAUAGGUUGGACAAGGCAAAGCAAGUCCUACCGAAGAAAAAGACUCCCGAGCCCUGGAAAACUCAAAAAAGUGCACUCGACAAGAAGUUCCCGACCGGUUGGAACCCCCCCAAGAAACUCUCACCCGACGCUCUUGAUGGAAUCCGAAGCUUACAUGCAAGUGCACCGGACAAAUUUACAACAUCGGUAUUGGCAGAAGAGUUCAAAAUUUCACCCGAGUCGAUUCGCCGCAUCUUGAAGAGCAAGUGGAGGCCGAAGGCGGAGGAAAUCGAAAGUCGGCGCACACGGUGGGAGGCGCGACAUGAGCGCAUCUGGGGCCACAUGGCUGAGCUUGGUCUGCGACCAAUGACCAAGAGUGCUGUCUCCUCAUCCGACUCCAAAAUGUUGUAUAGAAAAGAUGUGGAGGAUGUGGAGGAUCACGAAAAUAAGGGGAGUAAGGAAUAA